CCAACCAACCCAUCAUUAUACAUAACCAUCGUCCCUCUCCCUCUCUGUUCCCUAAUUUCUGAAAAGGGUUUCUAGCCAAUUGCUUGUUGAAUGGACUGUUGCCUCUUCUACACUAAAAUUUCUCUUCACCAAUCUUUACCUCUUACGGUGAAGACUUUGCUAUCAUCAUCAACUUGUUUUGUUUUCAACAAUUCCUCAUUCGGCACUUCUUCUGUUGGUUGUAGGAGAUCCUUGUUUGUAGUGGCUACUGGUAGUAGUAGUAGUAAGUGUGAAUUUGGUGGCUUGAACGCGCCGUUAGAACCAGCAACGCCGGCUGGGAGGUUGUUGAGUACUGUGCUUCUGAAUGAUCGCAAGUAUUUCCACGUUGCUGUUCAGAAACAGUUGGAGCAGUUGGCUUACGAACGGGAUGAAGCUGUGGCUCGGAUGAAUCUGAGCUUGGGCUCUGAUGAAGCUUUUCUGCACAGGAGGAUUGCUGAAGUAAAAGAGAUGGAGUGUCAAGCUUCUGUUGAAGACAUUAUGUACAUGCUAAUAUCUUACCAGUUUUCCGGAAUCAGAGUGCACUUGAUUCCCAGGCUUUCAAAAUGCAUGUAUAAUGGCAGGCUUGAGAUAUGGCCUUGCAAGGACUGGGAACUUGAAUCUAUCCAUAGCUGCGAAGUACUGGAAAUGGUUAGGGAACAUCUUACUACUGUUCUAGGAUGGAAAGAGAAGUCAAAUGUGGCAGACAAUUGGACCCCUACUGAAGUACAAAAGUUCAAGCUCUGUCAAGUAUAUGCUGCUUCUGUUUUAUACGGAUAUUUUUUGAAGUCGGCUUCCUUGAGGCACCAUUUGGAGAAGAAAUUUGAUCAUAUCAACCCUUACCUUGAUAUUGCUAGUUACAACCAACUCUUACCUUCAGAAAUUCGGUCCUUAGGAUCGGAGAUUGUUCCCUUUGGUCGCAUCAGUGGCAGACAAUCUACAUCAGUGGGUCAAAUACCACUUCUCCGUGAAAAAAAGCAAGACAAACUGAAGUAUUAUGUGAUGAGUUUUGACCCAGAAACAUUACAGAUGUGCGCAAAACCAAAGUCCAAGGAGGCCCUGAAUCUGAUUGAGAAGCAUAGCUAUGCACUCUUCAGUGAUAAAAAGACAGGUUUGGUGGCGAGUGAUGAAGUAAUUUUGACAUCAAUGGCAAGUUUGAAGAGAAUUGUCUUGGAGGCUAUUGCGUUUGGUUCUUUCCUUUGGGAUGCAGAAGAAUACGUUAGGACUGUGUAUAAGGUUAAAGAGAACUAACUUGGCAGUGAUGUGAUUGUUUUCUAUUGAUGUUGUCAUAUAUAUGUACAUAUACUAUAUAGAAGGUUUCUGGUAUCUGAUACCAAAGGAUUUGUUCUCUGGUAGUCUAUGUCAGAGGAUAUGCUUUGUAAAUUUGAGUUGUAUAGAGCGUCAUCCAUAAUAUGUGAAUAAAUCAUGUAUGGUGUAAAGCAGUUUCAUGA